UGGGGGAACAGUUGGGGGUACAGUACUUCGAAAGUAUGUACCUCCUAUUCUCUUCUUCAAUAAGCCGCAUCUUCUGGAAACAAACUCCAUAUGAGGGUAGGAUAUCGGUUUACAUGCCAUAAAAUCAUGUCGAGUCGACCGUAAAUCAAUGCCAGUCUCUUCAAGCUCGCUGGUUUUUUCUUCUCUUUUUUUCGUUUUUUCUUUUUCUUUUUACCUCAGUAGCAUGGUCAUGACUUAUAACUUGACUGCGAAUCAACAUCGACGAAUUCCACAAUGAGUACCAAACCAGCCAACCCAGUCCUGGCCGUGACGGCUCCCAGGCCAAAGAAGAUCCAGCCACGAGAUAUAGGUCUUAAGAUCCUUGUAACGCCUGCCGAAGGCGAAGAUACCGACGUCGAUAUCGUUGCGGUCCAUGGCAUCGGUAUACACCCGAAAGAUGCCUGGGUACACACCGGGACCAAAAAGCAUUGGCUAAAGGAUCCAGCUAUGCUUCCAACUAAAGUCCCCAACGCUCGUAUCAUGGCCUACAACUACGAAUCGUACUGGUUCGGAGAUGAUGCUAUCAGGCAAUCCGUCCCAGCAGUUGCCUCUAAACUCUUGAAAGCCCUCUGCGACGCGAGAACGCAUUGCCCUCACCGGCCCAUCAUUUUUGUUGGCCACUGUUUUGGUGGGCUGGUUAUUCAGCAGGUAUAUACAGCGGCGACAUUCCAUCACGAGGACUAUCCUGGUAUAGCCGAUUCAGUGACCGGGAUCGUCUUCCUGGGAACUCCUCAUCAUGGCGUUCGCAAUGAAUCCGAGCUCCAAACGCAAGGUCAAAUAUACGACCUCAUCGUUAUAUCAACCACCCAAAUUCAAGAUAAUGCCCUAAAAACAAUGGCCCAGGAUAAUGAUAUGCUUGUGUCCAUAGUCCAUGAUUUCACAAGGAAGGUCAGCGCGAAUGAGAAUGGGCCAAAGCUUUAUUGCUUCUACGAGUCAAAGGCGAGCAAGGUCGGCUCUAUUACAUGUAUGGUUUCUGGCGCACCGCCUGAAUUCGUCGUGAGCGAGUCUUCAGCGACACUCACAGGCAUCUUGAAAGAGAGCCUCAGCUUAGACCACUCCGGCAUGAACAAGUUCGAAGAUAGCAGCGACGACAACUAUAAAUCAGUUUCCAGAGAGAUCAGAAUAAUGGCAGAAGGUUCUAAGGAGACGAUGAAGAAGCGGAAUCUGAGAGCAAUGUCCAUAGAAUCUGCAUUAUCAGGUCCUAAGCCUCGUAUGCCGUCCCUACCGGCACCUAUUGCGAAGGAGACACAUUUCGCGCCUCGGGGGAAGAUCUUGGAAACAAUCGAGGAGAGGUUUAGGUCUACGAUAAAUGUAGUUCUGCUGGGCGGCUCAGGGAAUGGAAAGACUCAUGUUGCGGUGGAAUAUGCUCACAAGUACUUUGAAGAGCAUCCCGGCUGUCAUGUCCAUUGGGUAAAUGCCGCCAGCGCCGCCCAGUUUCAACAUUCGUACAAAUGUAUUGCCGAAACUCUUCGCCUCGCAAAGGAGACGAUGACAGAUGCUGAAAUUGUGGAAGAAGUCCACAACGCCUUGAAAAAGGACGUGAGCGGCCAUUGGCUCAUGAUAUUGGACGGCUUAGACGAUGAGUGCCUUCUGAAUCCCACAGGAUCAUCCGGCCUCGGAAAGUCCCCCUUGGGCUUAGUUCCUAGCAGCAACUACGCUAGGGUUCUGAUCACCACUCGAUCGAACCUACUGGCCAAGAAAAUGGUGAAGAACAAAGGCCAAUACAUCGUCGAUAUCUCCCGACUCAAUGACGAUGACGCCUCAUAUGUCCUUCUCGGAAAACGUACGACGGACGAAGCUAGGCGUAAGGAUAGUAUCGAGGUUUCCAAGACUCUCGGGGGGUCAGCUGGUACGCUGGUCCUGGCCUACCUAUACCGCAAGAUCCGAGAAAAGGAAGAUGGCACCGGCUGGAAGGCUUAUAAGAGUAAACUUCGGGCCUUGUCGUCGGAUGGAGUAGGAUCGAGCUUGAUGUGCUCCUGGCGGCUACUUUUCGAUAUGAUACAGGAGCGGCACCCAGAGGAUGCUCGUCUGUUGCUGCUCAUGGGUACCCUCAAUGUGCAAAGCGUUCCUAGUGUAUUUUUCGAGAGGUCGGAACUUUUCAAGCAGAUUCCACGGCUAGUUGAUUACGGCAUGGUCGAGCCAUCUACCAACCAGGUGCAUUUCACUGUGACACCUAUCAUUAGACAGUGCAUCCAGACAUGGCUCGACCAAAGCGGAGAAAAGGCGUCGGUGCAGGUGCAAACUUUAUCGGUUUUGUAUGAAAAGUUUGUCGACGCGAAGUCGAGCAUCUUCGAGGCUCUCCUACCCUCCACAUUCGCCGCGCUAGAAUUCCAGCCUGCCGAAGCACAAGGCAAGCUCUACCUAGCGACGUUACUAUUGAGGGUUGCCGAAUACCUCAUGGAGCGAGAGAGGCCCGACUAUGCGCUUGAGUAUCUUGAACGAGGUUUCUCCCUUUCGGGUGACUUGAAAAACAAGGGGGGUGGACUCUUCGAGCAGACAAAGGCGGCAAUCGACAAAGCCAGGGGCCAGAUAAAAUCAUCCAAGUCGAAACGACCGAAGGGAGGGUCAAGUGAUCACGACGCUGCUGCUGCUGCUGCUGCUGCGAGAAAGGAAUUACAAGAACUGGAAAAGAGGGUUGGAAAAGAUCAUCCGGAUGCGCUCCGUGCGGCAAACGAUUUCGCCUCCUCUAGACUAGCGAACGGGGAGAGCCGUGACUCGGAGGAGAUGGUGGCUAUUUACAAGCGCGCGCUAGACUGGUCCGUGAAAACAUACGGAGAGGACAGCAUAGACUCGGCCCGUCAUCUCUACAACCUCGCGCUCGCGCACGAUGACCGGCAUGAAUACGAGAAGGCGGCAGCGCUAUAUCACCAGGCAUCCCAAGUCAGCGAGCGCCACCUGGGUCCGGGCAACCCGGAGCUCCUGAAAGUGCUCACGAACCUGGCCCUGAUAUACUGCAAGCAGGGGAACCUGGAGACGGCGCAGCAGGCGUUCGAGGUGGUGCUCACGGGCCAGCGGAACGCGCUGGGGCUCGACCAUCCGGAGACGCUCAUGACGCGGCAGAACGUGGCGCUGAUGCUGGAGGGGAUGGGCCGCGUGGAGGAGGCGGGCACCGAGAUACAGAACGUGCUCGACGCCCAGGUCCGGCUACUCGGGGGCGACGACCCGGCCACGCUCCAGACGGCCUGCCGGCUGGCUGCGAACUACAAACUCCAGGGCCUGCUCGGCGACGCCGAGAAGCUGCUCCGAGCCACGCGCAAGGUGCAGGAGAAGGUGCUGGGCAAGACACAUCGCGAUACCGUCAUGACAAGCCGGAUGCUAGAGGAGUUAAGAGAAGAAACGAAGGGCACGAGGCGACGGUCUACCCCCGCUGCCCUUAGUGCCCCCCCUGCCGUGCUGGCAGUGUAG